AGAUAAUGUGUUUUAUAAACAUUUGCUCGACAUGUUGAAUCCUGUUUACCUUUCCGUGGACGGUCUUCGUUUUUACUGAUAAGACACGAUCAAAUUUCGGAGGAACGUCCUUAGCCGUGAAUAACCACCAUGACAAGCUGUGUCAUGUCGAUACUAACUAUUCUGCUGGUGUGUGGUGUAUCUGCAGCUAAUGGUUGUUCACUAGGAUGGCUGACAGGACCAAGUGGGUGUUAUUUUCUAAGCCGGUUCACAGCAACUUGGGGUGAAGCGUCUAGCGUUUGUCAAGGAUUCGGCGGUAAGCUUGCUGAACCUAUGGAUGAGGACUCCUACACUUUCCUAACAGGGUCAAUUCACGACAGGGGACAAGCUGGAGUGCAGUUCUCCGUAGGCGGAAGUGAUAUGUUUGUAGAAGGUGUAUGGGAAUGGUCCUCAUCAGGAGCCAAGGUCAUGAAUAACCAUUGGUUGCCAGGAGAGCCGAAUGACGACAAUAACAAUGGCGACUGUCUCACUCUGCAUGAUAACGGAUUCAACGAUCUCGAAUGUCACUCAUUGCAUUACUUCAUUUGCGAAAAAGAACUGGAAAUUGAACCAGGAAUAGUUGGAUAAGUAGAUCUGCAUAAUGGAAUGGUACUCGUAGAAGAAAGUGAAACGUUGCAUUGUAUAACUAAAUUGUAAUACACAGAUUAAAAAAUAUUAAUUGUGUCAG